GUCAUUGUUUGUUUGUUUUCUAUUUUUCGUCCGCAUGGACGCCAGUGCUUACUGACCUGGUGGCUUCGCCAUUGCUACUUCCUAACUAGAUUUUCAGGGCAAUUCUCUAAUUGCAUGAUUGUGUGUAGCGUAACACUUACACAUUUACAGCUAGUCGCCAAGGCUCUUUACUCCUUUGAUGUAUUACAACCGCUCUCGAGAUGCUACUAA